CUGGCCCGGGACGGCAGCCACGGCGGCGGCGGCGGCGGACCUGGUAGCCGUCUCCUCGUUGAGUCCCGCCUGCUAACGGGACAGAUUUUGACAUUAUGGCAGGGAGGCAUCAGAAUCGUAGUUUUCCUCUUCCAGGAGUUCAUUCAAGUGGUCAAGUACAUGCAUUUGGAAAUUGUACAGACAAUGAUAUGUUGGAGGAGGAUGCUGAAGUGUAUGAGCUUCGAUCCAGAGGAAAAGAAAAAAUCCGAAGAAGUACAUCAAAAGAUAGACUUGAUGACAUUAUAGUAUUAACAAAAGAUAUACAGGAAGGAGACACUUUAAAUGCAAUAGCCCUUCAAUACUGUUGUACGGUAGCAGAUAUCAAGAGGGUUAACAAUCUCAUCAGUGAUCAAGACUUUUUUGCCCUUAGGUCUAUCAAAAUUCCAGUAAAAAAGUUUAGUUCAUUGACUGAAACACUUUAUCCUCCAAAAGGAAGACAGACUUCACGUCCUUCAUCUGUUCAGUACCUUUCAGAACAACAGGAAGUUUUGUCAGCUAAUGAUUCUGUUUCUUCCAGUGAGUCAGCUGGUAGCUUUUUAAAAGAAGUAGACCGGGACAUAGAACAAAUAGUAAAAUGUACAGACACCAAAAGAGAGAACCUUAAUGAGGUGGUGUCUGCCUUGACAGCACAACAAGUACGUUUUGAACCUGAUAACAAAAACAUUCAACGUAAGGAUCCUUAUUAUGGAGCAGACUGGGGAAUAGGGUGGUGGACAGCUGUAGUGAUAAUGUUGAUAGUAGGCAUAAUAACGCCAGUAUUUUAUUUGCUGUAUUAUGAAAUUUUAGCUAAAGUGGAUGUUAGUCACCAUUCAACAGUGGAUUCUUCACAUUUGCAUUCAGGAGUCACACCCCCAUCACAGCAGAGAGAAAUGGAAAAUGAAAUUGCUCCAACUAAAGGAAUACCCUUUGGCCCACAAGAUGACCAUAAGCUUUAUAGUCAAUAUUCUCAGUUACCUGCUGCUCAACACAAAACAUAGCAGUUAGUUCAGUUACAGUGUUAGCGAUCACAUGUGUAUCUGGAAUGUGGUGGGUGAAUCAGUUAUAUUAAAUAACCACUUCAAAGGCAGGAUUUAGGGAGAUUGAAGAUGCUUUGUUUUUCACCUUUUUGUUUGUUUUUUGGAGCCAUUUACAAAUGGA